AUGGAGGACCCCUUCUUUGUGGUGAAAGGAGAGGUUCAGAAAGCAGUCAACACUGCACAGGGCUUGUUUCAGAGAUGGACGGAGCUCCUGCAGGACCCAUCCACGGCCACGAGGGAAGAAGUCGACUGGACCACCAACGAGCUGAGGAACAACCUCCGGAGCAUAGAGUGGGACCUAGAGGACCUCGAUGAAACCAUCAAUAUCCUUUUCUGA